AUGGGCCGAGCUCCCUGCUGUGAUAAAAUUGGACUAAACAAAGGUCCAUGGUCACCUCAGGAAAAUCGAAUACUCGCUGAUUUUAUUCGCAUGAAUGGCCAUGGGAACUGGCGUGCAGUCCCUAAACAAGCAGGACUGUUAAGAUGCGGUAAAAGCUGUCGUCUAAGGUGGCUUAAUUACCUCAGACCAGAAAUUAAACAUGGGAAUUUUACUUCUGAAGAGGAAGACACUAUUAUUAAGCUUCAUCAGCUUCUGGGCAACAGGUGGUCGGCUAUUGCUUCACGCCUGCCUGGAAGAACAGAUAAUGAGAUAAAGAAUGUGUGGAAUACUCGCUUGAAGAAGCGGGUUUCAAGAAUGGAACUCGAUCCAGUAACAAAUCAUUCAAAGUCACCCAAGGCGGAGCACAAUCUUAUCUUGCUUGAUUACUCCCACAGUAGUGAGAAAAGUCCAUCAAUGGAGGAGGGCAAUUCAGGUCUCAUUCAAGCAAAAUAUUUGGUUGAUUCUCCCACCAGAAUCUCUAAUUCCUCCAACACAUUGUAUGAUUCAUAUAAUCUGUCAAGCGGAAUCCUUUCAUCUAUAAAUAGUAUAGACAGUGAGUUUGUAAAUGGAGAUUCAAGUUUAAGUUUAGAUUGGCUUGAAUCCAGUUGUACAAAUUCUUUAGAUGAGCCACUAGAUAUUGAAGAUGACACGUUUAUUGUUGAAAACCAGGAUUAUGCAACGGAAAAAAGUACACAUGAAGUAAUGUGGAAGUAUAGCUCAAACUGGGAAGCUCACUAUUUCACUACUUUCCAGAAGAUGAUUUCUUGA